AAAACUCCUAAGAGACUGCGUGAGAGCAACUGAGCAAGAGAGAGAGGCAGUGUGAGCCUGUGUAAGGGUAAAAGAGCGACAAUGGCAUCCGCAGCAUCGACUCUGUCAUGGAGUUCUUCCUCGUGGCUUCAAAGCUUCGCAGGAAACACAAACGAAGCCACUAAAUUGUCAGAUAGAAGAACAGGAUUGGUGGUUAUCGCUCAGAAGAAAGCAAAGAAGGCUCGAACGAUAAUUCUAAAGGAGGACAUAACUGAUCUGGGAAAGAAAGGGCAACUUCUAAGCGUGAAAGCUGGUUACUACAGGAAUUAUCUGCUGCCAUUGGGGAAAGCCCAGAUUGUCACUCCCCUGCUGCUCAAGGAAAUGAAGGUGGAAGAGGAAAGGAUUGAGGCAGAGAAAAUACGGGUAAAAGAAGAGGCAGAGCAACUUGCUCGGAUUUUUGAAACUGUUGGAGGUUUCAAGGUGAAGCGCAAAGGUGGAAAAGGGAAGUUAAUUUUUGGAAGUGUGACACCCCAAGAUCUCGUUGACAUAAUCAAGGCACAACUUAACAGGGAAGUGGACAAGCGCAUUGUUUCUCUUCCAGAGAUUCGAGAGGUAGGAGAAUAUAUUGCAGAACUGAAGCUUCACCCAGAAGUCACUGCUAAAGUGCGAGUCAUCGUUUCGGCUAACUAGGGAUAAGCACCUCCUGGAGUCAUCUUCGAGGACCCACGGGAGCGGAGAAGAUGAAUUUUUGAUGUGUUUGUGCAGGAUGUACAUGGCCAAAGUAUGAUCAACAUCAUCUAUUUCAUAUAGGCACCAAUUGGAAGGUGGCUGCAAUGUAAUUUAAUGAAAAUAGAGAUGUAUAAAUCUGAUUUUCCUGCCAAUGUAUUUUUAGCGUUCAUUACUUUGAUUAGAUACCACUUUUUUUGUAAGUAUUAUUUGUUUCCUGUGAGUGAUAAUUCCUCCUCUCAGCAAAUUUUGGUA